CUUCACAAAGAAUCAGAGGCAGGAGCAAAAAUUUCUGCAGAAGCUGAGGCAGUAGUUAAAGCAGAGGCUGAGGAGGAACCUGAGGCAGAAGCUGAAACUGAGGCUGAAACUCAACCUAAAGAGUGUAACAAAAAGGAAAGGACCAGGAGAGGAACCCGACGUGGAAAGAGAAAAAAGAAGUCCAGGUCCACAAAGCAGGAGCAGGGCAACUUCAGUCUUUAACAGAAAAGUGACUGAGGCUCUUCAUCUGGAGAUGUUUGAGAUAAGAGUGAGCGAGGGCUUCAGCAUGGUGUCUCAGCUGCUCCUCCUCUGCUUUGUCUCUACUCUGAGAACUUCUCUCUCGUCCGUGGUGCAUCAGUCCCCCGACUUCAUCUCUGUAUCCGUCGGUGACUCUUUUAAACUAAAAUGUAGUCGUGAUCUACCGAUAGCAUAUUGUUACCACUCAUUCUCCUGGUAUAAAGUCAACCCAAGAAGUGGAAAACUAGAUGAUAUCAGUAAAGAUAAUAAAGACCAGGCUGAAGCUGAUAAAUUAUCGUGUACCAGCACAAUCUUUAAUGCCCGAGUUCAAGACUCAGGUACUUACUACUGCACAUCUAUACAUGAUAAAAUGUUGUUUAUUGGAACUGGAACCAGAGUCGUCGUCACAGACACAGGUCCGGUAAAGCCGUCUGUGGUUCUAUACACCCCCGUGGAGGUGGAGGAGGAGAUGGAGUUGGAGGUGGAGGAGGACGCUCCCUCUGUUCUCCUGCAGUGUGUGGUGAUGGACGUCGUUCCCUCUCAGGUCAAAGUAUCGUGGUUGGUUGAUGAAGACGAGCGCACAGGAUGGACAGAUUCAGACUGGACAGGACAUGACAAUGCAGCCUCAGAAUACACUAGAGCUCAAAUCAGAGUCUCUGUAAAGGAAUGGAACUACGCGACCAUCCAGUGUGUCGUGAAGUAUAAAAACCAGACCGUGUACCAAACCAUGCCACCGCGAAGUCAUUUAGAUUUGUGUGUACCGAUGCUGUAUGGAGGCGGCAGUGUCGCUGUCUUCACCUUCGCCGUGAUGCUCGCUGUGGUUCUGUGUUCAUGUAAAGAGAAACACAACACACACACGAUGAUUCCAGAGAAACCUUCUACUAUAACGCAUGUUGAAUAUUCCUACUGGAACACUGACGACGUUAAUCAGACACAAUUUAGAUUAGCACCAUUAUAGCCUAAACAAUCAAGCAAUAAGUGAGAAUAAGUGUAUAUCAUAUGCUUUUAUUCCUUCAGGUUUAUUUGAAUAAAAAUAAGAAUGUAAUUGUAGCCUUAAUAAAUAAGUCGACACAAUAUGUUACCGAAGUUUAUAUUCAGGAGAUUUUUAAAUAUAAUUAUCAUACAAUCAACUUGUUACUGGUGAAAAACAGAUUAUUUCUAUUUGUGAAUAAAGAACUGACUCUGUA